AUGGACAAGGCGAAGUCAGCAGUUUCCAACUUUAUGUCUGGUGACGGUCACCACAAGACUACAGUUACCCAGGACGCCAGCCAAGCUAUCACCGAGGAGCAGGUCCGCCCUCACCAGCACGAGAAUGUCACGACAGCAGUCGACAAGGAGGUCCACCAGGACCACCACCACACCCACAUCCAGCCCAUUAAGCACAAGGAGACUCUUCCCGAGCAGCACCACCACAACAUGAUCCCCACCCAGCACAAGACCUUCCACCACGGCAACGAGAGUGAAACCAGAGAUACUCUUGACCGCGAGGCUGCGAAGUUCAAGAACACUUCUACUACUCAUGAGACCACUCACACUUCACACACUGCCCCGGUUGUCACCGGCGAGCGUGUCCACCAUCACGUCCACGAACACAUCCAGCCCGUCAUCCAGAAGGAGACGAUCCAGCCUCACGUCGUCCACACCACCGUACCCAUUCACGAGACUCACCACGCCAAGCCAAUCCACCACGGCGCCACCACUCUUCCCGCAAUGACUAUUGAAGAGUUCAACAAGGGCAAGGACAAGCUUACCGGCACCAACAAGAUGAAGGAGUUCGACGGCUGUCCCGACAAGCACAACAAGAUCUAUGAGAGCACCGAGCACACUGGGCUCGCAUCUCACCACAACAAGCACGGCCAUGACCACCACCACAAUGGCCACCACAAUGACCAUCACAACGGCGGUAAGGUUGCCGCUGCUGGCGCCGCUGCCGCCGCUGGCGGUGCCGCUGCCCAUCACCACCACAACAAGGAGGAGAAGCUCGAUGCUACUCACCCCGAUGGCCUGAGAGAGCACGGCAUUGCCGGUCGUGAGGGUCACCAUGACCACAACAGCCACAACAAGACCACUGCCGCCGCUGGAGCCGCCGCUGCUGCCGGUGCGGGCGCUGCCGCUCACAAGCACCACAACAACAAGGUCGACAACACGACCACUGGUACCCACGGUAUUAACAACACCAACACUACGUCCAACACGACCAGCUUGCCCAACCGCGGCGUUGGUCAGGGUCAGGGUUUCGAUAACCAGCGUGCUGCCGACAGCGUCACUGCUGCUCAGACCGCCAACUCCAGAGCCAACAACGGCAUUGCUGGCAACACCUCUACCAACAACGGCUUGACCAACAACGGCAAUGGUUUGACCAACAACGGUACUACCCGCGACAACGGCCUGACCAACAACGGCCUGUCCAAGAAUGCUGCCACUCAUGAGCGCGACAACAUCGCCCACGGCCACACCACUGGCUCUGGCAAUGGCAGCAACUACACAACUGGCAAUGGUUCCGGCCUCAAUGGAACCUCGUCCGUGAACAAGAAUGAGCCUCGUUCUGGUGAUCAUCACAGCCACACUACCGACACUUCUUCUGAGAAGAAGGUGUCGUUGGUUGACAAGCUGAACCCGUUCAAGGAUGCUGAUGGCGAUGGCCACAGGGGCAUUAUGUCUUAA